GAGAGGCUGGCCCAGACCUGGGGCCAGGAGGACCCCUGCCCACCCACGGGCCUGGUCCAGACAGGCAGCAAGGCUCCCAGGCCUGGUCUCAGGGCAGAGGCCCCAGGGGCAGGGUCUGUGCCCCAGUUUCCUCAUCUGUGAUAAGGAGAAGUGACAGUUCUCACCUGCUGGAGUGUGGGAGGGUUGCCCAUGACUGUCCCUGUGCAGAGUGGAGGCCAGCCUUAAAGGGUGGGCAGGAUUGGGAGAGGCCGAGAGGCCCUCCCACCGUCCAUCCUGGGCUCUGAGCUCCUUCCCCUGCAUUCGGGUCCUGACUGCUCUUCUCCAGACCAAAUGCCCCUCCCUGGACCUCUGCCUCCGGCCUCCCAGGCACCUGGCAGCUCCUCCCUCUCCAUGUACCUGCUUCCCCCCCGCCCCAAUCAUCCAGCCCCCCGAGCCUGUCCACCUGCCCUCCCCACCCCCUCCUCCAUCGCCUUCCUGGCUCUGGCCCCAGCCCUCUGAACUCAUCUAGGGCCUGGUCAGCGGAGACCAGCAAAGAGUCCUCCUGAAAGCUGGAGAUGAGGCAAGGGAGGCUCUUCCUGUGAAAGCCGAACUGGCUGGUCUUGGGGGGUGCAUGAGUGGAGGCACCUUGGUGGGGCCUGGGAGGAGCAGGCUGUGGGGGAUGCCCUGGGAUGCUUGGGGCCUGGGUCUCAUGUUCCAGGGAAGCAUGACUUUGUAGUCAGAUACCUGGAUGUGGCACUUCCUGGCUGUGUGGCCUUGGUCAAGUACUCAACCUCUCUGAGCUUUGGUCUCCCCUUAGGGAAAAUGGCUCACAGGAGUGUCAAGAGGAUUUCUGCACAUAAAGGGUGUGCUCUGGAUGUGUGGGGGCUCCAGAUGGAAGGUGUCAUCGGAAGAAGGGGAGCUGGGAGGCGUCUGGGAGGGAAUCCUGUCGAGCUGAGCUUGGGGCCCUGGGAGGAGAAGAACCACCCGUGAGGGAGGCCCACCUGGAGCAGCUGGACCUGCAGAGGAUUAAGGAGGAUCCGAAUUGUCAACUUUGUCCUGAACAGCCAGAGGGCAGGUGGGGACACAUUCCAGGAAUUGGUGAAGGCUGGGGUCUUUGAGGCCGGGUUCCCCCUACACAAGGGGGAGGAAGACCUAAAGAGGAAAUGGGCCCAGUGGACAAACAUGUUCCAAGAGCAGCCAAUCGAUGACAUCAGGAACUACUUUGGUGAGAAGGUGGCCCUGUACUUCGCCUGGCUCGGCUGGUACACCUACAUGCUGGUGCCCGCUGCCGCGGUGGGCCUCAUCAUCUUCCUGAGUGGGUUUUCCCUGUUCCACGCCAGCCAGAUCAGCAAGGAGAUCUGCGAGGCCCACGACAUCUACAUGUGCCCUCGCGGCGACCACAGCCGCAGGUACCGACGGCUCUCGGAAACCUGCACCUUUGCCAAGCUUACCCACCUUUUCGACAACGAGGGCACCGUGCUGUUUGCCAUCUUCAUGGCUUUGUGGGCCACCGUGUUCCUGGAGAUCUGGAAGCGCCAGCGCGCCCGCGUGGUCCUGCACUGGGACCUGUACGGGUGGGACGAGGACCAGGAGGACAUGGCGCUCGAGCUCAUCAACUGCCCUGACUCCCAGCCGCGCCUGCACCAGCACUCGUACGUGCGGAGCGGCAUCAUCUUCCUCCUGACCCUGUUGAUGAUCUGCCUCAUGAUUGGCAUGGCCCACGUCCUGGUGGUCUACCGUGUCCUGGCUGCUGCCCUCUUCAACUCGGCCUUGCCCUUCCUGGAGGAGCAGGUGGCCACGGCCGUGGUGGUGACCGGGGCCCUGGUGCACUAUGUGACCAUCCUCGUCAUGACCAAGAUCAACAAGUGUGUGGCCCUGAAGCUUUGCGACUUUGAGAAGCCCAGGACCUUCUCAGAGCGAGAGAGCAAGUUCACCAUCAGGUUCUUCACUCUGCAGUUCUUUGCCCAUUUCUCCUCCCUCAUCUACAUCGCCUUCAUCCUGGGCAGGAUCAAUGGUCACCCUGGCAAGUCCGUGCGCCUGGCGGGGCUGUGGAAGCUGGAGGAGUGCCAUCUCAGCGGCUGCAUGAUGGACCUGUUCGUGCAGAUGGCCGUUAUCAUGGGUCUGAAACAGACGCUCAGCAACUGCAUGGAGUACCUGCGCCCGUGGCUGGCCCACAAGUGGCGCUCGAUGCGGGCUACCGUGUCCCGGGACCCUGAGCUGAGGCGCUGGCAGCGCAACUACCUCCUCAACCCGGUCAACACCUUCAGCCUGUUCGAUGAGUUCAUGGAGAUGAUGAUCCAGUACGGCUUCACCACCAUCUUCGUGGCUGCCUUCCCGCUUGCCCCGCUGCUCGCGCUCUUCAGCAACCUCGUGGAGAUCCGCCUGGACGCCAUCAAGAUGGUCAGGUUGCAGCGGCGCCUGGUGCCACGCAAGGCCAAGGACAUUGGGCCCUGGCUGCAGGUGCUGGAGGUCAUCGGCGUGCUGGCGGUCAUCGCCAACGGGAUGGUCAUCGCCUUCACAUCUGAGUUCAUCCCCCGCAUCGUGUACAAGCACCGCCAUGGCCCCUGCCGACAGGGGGCCCAGCCUGCUGUCGACUGCCUCACAGGCUACGUCAACCACAGUCUGUCCGUGUUCUUCACCAAGGACUUCCAGGACCCUGUCCAGACAGAGGGCGAGAACGUGACCGAGUGCAGGUACCGGGACUAUGGCACCAUUCAGGACUCCAACCUCACGGAGCAGUCCUGGGUCCUCCUGGCCAUCCGCCUGGCCUUCCUUAUCCUCUUCGAGCACGUGGCCUUGUGCAUCAAGCUCAUUGCUGCUUGGUUCGUGCCCGACACCCCUCAGUCGGUGAAAAACAGGGUCCUAGAGGAGAAGUACCAGAGACUCCGGGAGAAGAUGUGCUCAACCCCGUUUCUGUUUCCAGUUCCAGCCCCAAGAGCACAGACGUGUAGGGGACUCAGAGCUGGUCCUGGGGCACUGGUGCCCAGGGGCCAAGACUCAGAGCUGCCACCACCGCCUCCCAUCCAAGCCCUGGCUGUGCGGGUGGUGUGUGUGCGGCGCGGGGGGGGCUUUCAGAAGACGUACAUAUGCGUGGGGGUCCUGGGAGCCACGGUUUGGGGGGGAGGUCCUGUGAGCUGCACUCUUGUCUGCGCUCUGUGGCGCCUGUUCCAUCUGUUGGGGCUCAGGCUUGGAACUGCCUGACCUGAACUCUGCGUGACCCUUGCCACCCACAGAAGGGGGUGGGUGGGAGGGGCCUCUCAUACAGUCACGAAGCAGGAAAACCCUGGGCCUCCCUCUGUCUUCUGGGCCCCAGAUUCUGUCCCACCCGUCUGACUCCCCUCAUCCAGCAGAAUUGUCUGUAAUAAAAUCAAACUUCUCUGUGUCGA